CGCGCCGCCGCCGCCGCCGCCGCCGCGCUGGUAGUGGGGUUUGAGGGCAAUGUCCCUCGUCGAAGGCCUCGACGCAGCUUCUCCCGCCCCUCCUGCAGUCGCUGCCGGGUCCUUCGUCCACUCCUCGUCAUGAGAGGAGACAGAGCCCUGAAGAAAAGAAAUCUGGAUCACAGAAAAAUAUUCAAGGGUCAUGCAAGCCAACUGUAGCCAACUGCACAGUCCUCCAGGAGCUGUAGGCAGUGAGGAUAUCUCAGCCUCCCAGUGUGUCCAUACAAGAUUGAUAGAAGGUUGUCUUCAUUCUGGAGAUGUUCAUGUCCAGAUAAACACCAUACCUAAAGAAUGUGCUGAAAAUCCAAGCUCCAGAAAUAUGAGAUCAGCUCUCCAUAGCUGUACCCAUGGAUGUGUACAUAGUCGCUUACGGAGUCACUCCCACAGCGAAGCAAGGCAGCCUGAUGAUACUGCCAUGGACUCUGGAGAUCAUGGUAGUAGCGCCUUCUCAGAAUUCCAGUAUCUCUUCAAGUGGUUGCAAAAGAGUCUUCCAUAUAUUUUGAUUCUGUGUGUCAAACUUGUUAUGCAGCAUAUAACAGGAAUUUCUCUUGGAAUUGGGCUGCUUACAACUUUUAUGUAUGCAAACAAAAGCAUUGUAAAUCAGGUUUUCCUAAGAGAAAGGUGCUCAAAGAUUCAGUGUGCUUGGUUACUGGUAUUCUUAGCAGGAUCUUCUGUUCUUUUAUAUUACACCUUUCAUUCUCAGUCACUUUAUUACAGCUUAAUAUUUUUAAAUCCAACUUUGGACAAUUCAAGCUUCUGGGAAGUACUUUGGAUUGUUGGAAUUACAGACUUCAUUCUGAAAUUCCUUUUCAUGGGCUUAAAAUGCCUUAUUUUAUUGGUGCCUUCCUUCAUCAUGCCUUUUAAGUUCAAGGGUUACUGGUAUAUGUUUUUAGAAGAAUUAUGUCAAUACUACCGAGCUUUUGUUCCUGUACCAGUUUGGUUUCGUUACCUUAUAGGCUAUGGAGAGUUUGGUAAUGUAACUAGAUGGAGUCUUGGGAUAUUGCUGGCUUUACUCUACCUCAUAUUAAAACUUUUGGACUUUUUUAGACAUCUAAGAACUUUCCGACGGGCUUUGCAAAUAUUUUUUACACAACCAAGUUACGGAGUGGCUGCCAGCAAGAGACAGUGUUCAGAUGUGGAUGAUACUUGUUCAAUAUGUCAAGCUCAAUUUCAAAAGCCAAUUCUUCUCAACUGUCAGCAUAUAUUUUGUGAAGAGUGCAUUAUGUUAUGGUUCAACAGAGAGAAAACAUGUCCGCUGUGCAGAACUGUGAUUUCAGACCAUAUAAACAAAUGGAAAGAUGGAGCCACUUCAUCACACCUCCAAAUAUAUUAAGUUGUGUAAACUGUUAAGGCCACGAAACACUAAUUGGAUUUGGUUACAGUGACUAUACUAUAAAGACAUCAGCAUCAAUCUUCAGAGCUUGAAGUUAAGGAAAAUGUUUCUGAAUGGUUUUAGAAUAUUAUAAGACUUCAGUGUGUAUCCUGAUUUAUCAAAAGAUUAACUGAAAGAACCCUAUGUUUUAAAAAAUAUGUAAGUAAUGUUCAACCUAAUGCAUAUAGAAAAUUAUUUGACAGGUGAUGGCAAUGUUAAAUUGUAAAUGUGUUUUCUUGUUAAUGUUACCAAAACAGCAAGUGAAUAACUAGAAUUAAUGAUUUUAAAGGAACUCAGGUAUUCUUCCCUGACAUUAUUUUCCAAAAUAAGAAUAUUUUUCAUAGUAUUUUCAGAUAUACAUUAUCUGAAUUUUCUUUAAAAUUGACUUUUAUAAUUCCCAUUCUAAAAAUUCUUAAAAGUUUCAUAAAAUUUGUAUUUUUAAAUGAAAGUUCUAAAUGCUAUAUUUUACCUAUAAGUCAUAUUUUUUAAAAGAAGAUAAUUACUGAGGAUGAUAUAUUUUAAUAUUAUAUUAUUCUUUGUUGUAUGUUUAGCAGUUGCUGAGAAUAGAUGACUUAAAUUCACUUUGUGGACAUCUCAUACAAUCCUGCUGUCAGCUAGCAUUCAUGAUCUUGCUUUUUAUAUAGUGCCAGGGACUAUCUUGAAUUAUUAAAAUAAUUUACAUGGAUUACAAACAGCUGGCUUCACUGAUGAUUUGAAUAGUGUGACAAACAAGACCAACUCAAACUCUUAGAAAAUAAUUUCCCUUACAACUAGUCUUCUCCAGAAGUUUUGGUAUCUUAUGCUUGAAUCACCAUUACUUGGGAGAUGAAAGCUUGCACUCAGAGAAGACCAAAAGCUUCGGACAGUGUGCUCUUUGCCUCUAGAUACAUGUGCAGGGUGGUGGAAAAAAGAAUGCAGUCACUUUCUCACCUUGAAACCUCUAAGGGGGAAUCAAGAUCUACAACAGACAUCUGAAGGGCUGGUUACAUCGAAAGGCCUAUGCCCAUUUUUUCUUUUACCAUGGGUCAGUUUGCACAAGGAAAACGUAGUGGGAAAGAGAAAUGGAGAGAUUGAAAUUUGCAGUGUUGGUAAAACAAAGGCUAUUAACAGCAUACAGAUUAGUAAGGAUACUGCCCAACCAGCCACAGCUUAAGUUACUUUAAUGCCUGUAAGGCCACUGAAAUGAACAAAAGAACAUUAGAUAGCCUCCAACUUAUUGUAAGUACAAUUGUUUAUAUUCAUUCAGUGAUGAUCUAUUUAACUCUUUUAUUUACUUUGAGAACCACUGCAAAUAUUGCACAAGCUUACUUGGCCUUAAAUCACCUUCCUGACUUUGUAGGGAGCCUAUAGUUAAGUAUAGAGCAGGAGAUAGGUAAGGCAAAUUAGGAAGAGAAUUUGGGUGUGAAAGACAUGCUUACUUUUUGUUAAAAUCAGAACAGCACCUUACUAAAUGGUUUACUUUAGCCCUAUUAUAAUACCUACUUAGCCUAUGGCUAUACAGACAGCUUUGUUUCUUAAUAUGAUUUAAAAACAAAGGUGGUCCAUGUUAAACAGUGGGAUUUUUCUGUUCUGUUUAACGAAGAAAGCAGUUCAUUAUGAAUUUAAAAGGAGGGAAAAUACAGUAGGAAAGCUAUGCCAUCCACUAAUAAUGCUGAUGAACUAAUUAGAAGCAUUUGUAAUUUCACCUCAAAAACAGAAAUAGGUCUUCAACCCAUUUAUUCUGUGAAUUCAGAUCACACCCUCUGAAAGACUGUUUUAUGAAUAUUAAGAGUCACUAUAAUGUUUUAUAAAAAAGUAAAGCCAGUUUGAGAAUGUCAAUAGAGAAAUCAUCUUGGUAAGUGUGGAGGAAUUUAAAUAGCUUAUACAAAACACCAGUCUUACACUAGAUAUAUUGAGACAUUAGUUAAAAACAGAUUUGUGCAUUACAUUGUGCAUACACAUCAAAUAAUCAAAUGCAGUUGACAAGACAAAGUCUUCCUAGUGUUUUUACAUGAAGGUAUUUUUUUCACAUAACUUUAAAAUUGAAUUUUUUUUUAAGUAACCUAUUCGACAGAACUUGGAAAUUACAGAUAUGUAACAUCUAAUAUAUAAAUUCAGUACUAACACUUGUUAUAAAUUUAAGUAGCUUCGCUUUCUCAGCAGAGAACAGUUUUUAACAACUGUCAUUCCUCACAUAUAUAAGUAGUUUAUUAAAUAUGAGAAGCUGAACACAUUUGGCAUGUUAAUGAAAAACAUUAUUGAAACCAUUUGUGCACCUAAUUGAUAUCUUGUCUUGGAAUUUUAAAAAAAUCACGUCUAUUUUAUAUUCAUUCAAAUUUGCAUUUAAUUUUCUAUUUACAUUCAUUCAAUCUGAAAUCAAAUACUUAAUACAGUAAACUAAAUACAAGAUGAAAAGCAGAAAAGGUGUUACCCUCAUAGCACUCCUAAUAAGGCAGCUGAAGAAUUAAUUUACUCUGAUAGAUACAAAGCUAACUUGAGACAGGGAAAAAAUAAUAGUUUAAAGAGCAAACAGAUGAACCCAUCUUCCCCACGUUACUUCAGAUAAUCAACUAAGAUAAUACUUGUGCUGUAGUGGUAUAUUAGGAAUCACACAAGAAAAGUUUUGUAUCAAUCAACAACAGCCCACAGGUCAUGGUGUGACAAACAGCUUUAUGAUUGUUUUUUGUCCAGCUUGCUAGUGUCUACCAUUUACAAAGUCUCAAAAUCCCUUCUUCAUAAAUUCAACAUUUCUCAAGGGAAUAAUCUUAGAUAUCUAGCCCUUGUAAGCCAGGAGUCAUAUGACUGAGUAACCAAAAUAGUUAAGUCCUAUAUUAAAUAUAAAAUCCAAGGCUCAGUACAUUAUUAUUGAAGAUGCAUCUGGUUUAUAAUCAUUAUUACUUAAAGAAUGUUGAAUUUAUGGAGUAUCAUACUUACAUUCUCACCCCACAUUAUCUUUGAUCUCAAAAAAUAGUAUGGAAAAAUCCUUGGAGGAUUCAAAUUAGGUAUGACCAUAAAGGAGAAAAAAGUAACAAUUUUCCUAAAAAUCUGGUUCAAGUUCAAUAAUUAAUACUUUACACAUUGUUAAUCACA